AAGGAUCUUUUGACAACGAGGAAUAUUCUGGUUCUCCUUGCUCUCUUCAUCCCUAAUACCGGCCAUCAAUCUAGAAGCCUACACUGCCCUCGGGUCAUUACAUUCGUUCAUAAUCAACACAGUCGUUUAAGCUGCUCUUACAUCGCACCCAGAGCCACUAUACCAUCUUAAUACAUAUCUACAUCAAAUCGAAACCACAUCAAAAUGUCUUUCAGAUACAUCACCUCCCUCGCCAUCAUGGCCACCGCCGCCCUGGCCAAGACCGACCUCGCCGGCUGCGUCUCCUCAGACUCCGUCUACACGCCCACCCAGGGCGGCACACCUUACGCAACCCGUGUCUGGUACGUCCCCGGCACCGGCGAGAUCUGUGCUGCACUCGACUGCGGCGGCGGCCGCGCCCCUCCCAAGACCACCGUCCCCGGCUGCCCUUCCUACGAGGGCACCGAGACCUACUCGCCCUCCUUCCUGCCCCUGCAGACCAGCGCCGCGGUCGAGGCCUCGACGACCAUGGCCGCCAUCACCACUGCCGCUCCGGAGACUACCGUCAGCGUCACUGACAGCGCGUCUGUCGCCACCGUCACCGCAUCAACAGACUCCGCUGCCGCUGAGAGCGAGACUUCUGCGUCUGCCUCGGCUGUUGUUGUCAUUACCUCGAGCGGUUUCAGCAAUGCGACCAUGACUACCAUGACAACCUCUGCUGCGUCGGGAUCCGGAAGCCAGUCUGCUCGUAGCACGCGGGCAGUUGGUUCUGCUGCGACAUCAGCUGCGACCAGCAGCCCAAACGCUGCCGUUCCUACUGGUGCGUCUCGCGAGCUGUUUGGUCUCGUGGCUGGUGUUGCUAUCGGCGCUGCCUUGUUGUAGGGCGUAUGAGGAUACAUGUAUAUAUAGACGUGGCACGAAUAGACCUCCACAGCUGAUACUGUGAAGCUGGUCAUGACUUGAACUUUUAGGACCCAAUAUCAUAAUGCUGUAAUAGACAAUGGAUUAUUUUUUCAUGCUUACAUGUGUUCUUCUCUCCUACAAUUGCAAAGUGUGUCCUUCUGAGUACCAAUGAUACCCUACAGUUUGGCCGGAAGAAUUCCCCAUGCAUCCACAGACUUUGGCUCCACUGGCUUUUCUGGUUAAUGAGGAAGGCUGGGUAGUCCCUAUCCUUGGUAGUCCUUAUCAGACUAGG